AGUUGGGCAUUCCUACAUAUUAUUAAGGAUUCGUCAAUAAUUCGGGACUAUGUAUCCACUAAAACCUCCAUGACAUCACGAACACGUCACGGAUAGUUGCACUCGCACGUCGCAGUGAGUGACGUCACGUGCGGGGGCUUUGUUAAGCGUCCCCCGAAUGCUGACCCGGUUACCCGUAAUUAGAGUUCCUCCUGUUGUGUAAAGUUCACCGGACGAAGCACCGGAGGAAGCCACCCUUUGGUCGUGGAGACAUGAGCGGGCUGGACAGAGACGCGGUUCAGGGCAAAGAAGAGAGGAAGAAGGCAGGAGGCGGCGUAAUAAGCCGUUUGAAGGCUCGGCGGAUUCAAGGGAAGGAAUCGAUUGCCUCUGAACUCGGUCAAGUGACCCCGGUCACCGAGCAGGAGUUGUUGGGUCUUACAGAACUAAGACCAGAACACAUCCUAGGCCUGAGCCGAGUAACAGAGAAUUAUUUAUGCAAACCAGAAGAUAAUAUCUAUGGGAUUGACUUCACUCGCUUUAAAAUCAGAGAUCUGGACACAGGCAGUAUACUUUUUGAGAUCUCCAAACCUUGCUCAGAACAAGAAGAGGAAGACGAGGAGAUCGGCCAGUUCGAUGCCAGCGCUGGACGCUUUGUACGCUAUCAGUUUACGCCAGCUUUCUUAAGGCUUCGGAAAGUUGGUGCAACCGUGGAGUUCACAGUAGGUGACAAGCCCGUCAAGAGUUUUCGGAUGAUCGAGAGGCAUUUCUUCAGAGAUCGAGUCCUUAAAAGCUUUGAUUUUGACUUUGGCUUCUGCAUCCCUAACAGCAGGAACACUUGCGAACACAUGUACGAGUUCCCUCAGCUCUCGGAAGAGCUCGUCCGUCUUAUGAUCGAAAAUCCGUAUGAAACCCGGUCUGACAGCUUCUACUUUGUGGAUAACAAGCUCAUUAUGCAUAAUAAGGCAGACUAUGCUUACAAUGGAGGCCAGUGAUUGGUCAGCCUUUACAGACUAUAUCCAAUGGAGCGUUCCCUAAUAGGAGCUGAAGAGCCGGAUUCCUGGGAGAAGACCAUGGCUCCCCCUUCCAUCAAAAGCAUUGACCUCUCGACUCGAGUUUUAUAAAGUGCUGUAGUCGGCAACCAAAAACUUCGUAUUUACAGGAAACGCUUUUACUGAUUUGUGUCAUUUUUAUAUAUGUGUGUAUACACAUUUAACUUGCUGUCCUAAAUUGGCAGUUAAACAAUAGCUUCCUUUCCUGAAUUUAAUUUUUUUUUUUUCAGGCUUUGAAACAAGUUUUUUGUUUUAUUUUUUACGUAGUUUUGUGACAGUGCCUCUCGACCACAGCUGGGUAUCUUCAGCUGUCUAAAAUCCGUGCCUACCUUAACGUUUGACUUCCAUAAAUAACUUUGUAGCAGUUUUCCUUACUUACAGUUACCAGGUUAUUUAAUUUCACGGCUUCAUAGAAAACGUGCAUUACUGAUCGCUCCCUGUAUGGUCAGCAUGUGCGGUGCUUUGGCAUUUUUCUUAAUAAGUUCUCUAGCUCUUCCAGUCAUCCUCGUAGCAAUAAUUCAAUUCCUGAUUCACCGCUCGAUGUUGAGGUAUCAGGUGUAUUACAAGUUAAGAAUCGCCUUGUCUUCCUUUAUUCCAAUGUAAGUAAAAGCUUUCAGCAAAGAUAUAUAGAGCAGACUUGUACAUUUAGGUUCAUAUGUAUUAGUUCACCCGUAACAAUGUCAGAAAAGUGAGCCACAACGAAACAAACUAAGGAGAAAGUUCAGAAUUGUUGUUCGCGCUCUCUCUACCAUCUCCGAUGAACGUUUCCCUGGCUCCGCUUGUCCGUCUGCAUUCGUCUUUUACUUCUGCGACAGGGCAAAGCGUCCACAUACAACCUCUUCCCCGUAGGGAAGUACUCUGCGAACGCUGAAGAGGAGACAUGGACGCGUUAUCGGAGAAGGUAGGGAAAAAACAACAAAUGUUGUUUCCCGAAAACAAAAA